AUGUCAGAAAAGUCAUCCCUCCCGUCGCGUCUUUCUGCCGCCCUUCCUGUUGGUCUGGAGCUUCGGGUAUAUCACUUGUCAACGCCGCCCACACGAGCGCCCGCCUUGUUCGCGCCUUUGAAGGGCCAUGAUGAAGACGCCACUUUCUGCGAGUCACACUUCCUUGCAGUCUCGUCUCAGAACCAAGACAAGGAGAUUUUAGCUUACGCGGUCGAGGUUUUGGUCUUUACGACUCAGUCGCUCGUGACAAUAUUUGUCUCAAAAGCCGACUCUUCAGGCUUCACUUCCCGCCUCAACCAACCAAAGAACUAUCCAUCUGCUAUUUCCACCGUCACUUCAACCUUUAUUCAGUUCUUACUUGAACCUCGUCUGACCAGUCCAAGAGUGGUCGUGUCACUUUUUGCUCGCUCGCAAAACCAAUAUCUUUUCCCUGGGAGUUCUGAGAAUGCCGGAAAACACAUUCUCGACGAUCGCCGGCUCAUAAAGUGGUGGUGUCGAGUGCUCGACAUAGUCAUGCGCCAACCCAGGGAGGAUGUAGUGGCUACUGCACAUCUGUUGGUCCCAGGAUACGACAAGAGCGGAGUUAAGACCUUUUUCCCACCAUCAAGCCAGACAGAUUCCUCUUCAGAUCCAAAAUGGGUUGAUUCAUAUCCAGUCAGCCUUUUAGUGCCGGACCCUCUGGUCCCUCCGAGGCAUGUGGUUCCCCGACUUCCAGACGAUCCCAAAGCACGGUUUCUUGAGGACCUCGACGAGUUUGUUGAUGAAAAAGGAGAAUGGCGGGGUGUGAAAACCCUUGAUCAAUUCUGGGAGACGAUGUCGUAUAGACAAGAAUGUUCUGCUGGACGAGUAGUAGGUUUCGUGUGGCUGGUCUUCUCUCGUGGUCAGACCGAACAUACUACACUAAACGAGCUUGAAAAGACCAGUCAGACGGAGAAUUUAGCCAGCCAACGCACGAAGCCGAGCCUGAUUACGCCUGCCAAUUCCCAACAGCAGCACGAGACUUGCAAUACGGGAAUAGGAUCGCCGACUGCCUCCAUCCUCAAAAUGAACGCAGAACUAAACUCGCCACCUUCCUCUUCGCCUAUUCAUCCAGAUUUUGAAUCUAAAGCUAUAGAGAAUGGAAAAAAUGCUGAUCAUAGUGCUCCUGUGCCUGAAGUAGCGGAAGAGUCAAUGUUGCCCACGACUGGGGGAACGCGGGGCGAGCUUCUUAUCGACGCUACCCAAUAUCAGGCAUUAAUGGAACAUCUUCUGCAGACCGACUUUGCUCAUGAGGCCCCCGCUGCACAUGCCACCAAAAGCUGGAUAGACAAAGCUCUGGAGCUAUCAAGGGCGGCCUCAUUCGGACAUCCAAUACGUGGCCGUGCUAUGCCGGUCUUGGCACCGCCCACAGCUCCGGGCAUCGUGUCAUCAGCUCAGGUCAACGUGCUGACUGGCGUCCGCAAGAAAAGGAAGGCAGACACAAUGGAUAAUGGCACCACCACCACCACUAAUAACACCUCCGCACCUGGAAUAACGCAAGCGUUGGCUUCAACAACCGCCAAUACUCUGUCGAACAACUUGAUAACAAAAAAGCCAAAACCUUAA